AUCCACCUUGUUGUUGUAUGAUUUUUUUGUCCCUGCUCCUUCAGUUUUCCUUCAUUUUGGGUUCUAACUUGCUGAUUCAAUCGAUACCCUUUUGUGAAUUCUUCUCAAUUUGAGUUGUUUUUGCUCAGAUCCCGUCAUGCUGAGCCUGUGCUUGGUGCUUGCGUGAUGUUGUGGUUGUGGGUCAGUUCAAUGAUUUGGGUCAUGGGACUUGCAUUUUUUUUUUGUUCAAGUCCUCGAGAUUCAAAUCAAGUGUUCAUUUUUAAGCUUCGUUUUGGGGUUUGUAUUGUCUGUUAUUUGGAUGUGGGGAUUCAGAGGAGGGCUUUUAGGAAUGAGGACUUGUAGAUUUGUGAAUGAAGAGUUGGGGUGUGGUUUAAGUGAAAGUGUGUGAAUGAGGAUUUGGGAAUGAUAGCAUCUUGCUACUUGUGGAGUAAUAGGUGUUGUAGAUGUAGUUUUGAAUGUAGUGGAAGAAAAAAAGAUAGUGGUUAGAUUUAUUUUUGAAUAGAUAUAUGAAUGAAUAAUUUUGAUCUGCUUGAGUUUGGGAUUUUUUUUAUUGCUUGAAUUAUGAGUCAUCUACAAGAUUGGUCAUCAAUCAUCAAACUAAUUUUUGGUUCAUCAAUCUCUGAGUCUGACCCUUUUUAGAAGCCUUUGAGAAUUAUUAACCUUUUGUUUGUCACUUUUCAUCCAACCUCCUUCCCACACUCUCUCUCCCUGUCUUCCUUUUUACUGUUCCAUCCGAUUUGAAUGCAACCUAUAUAUGUAUGCAUUGGAGGUUUUCUAUUGUUUUAAGAUAGAAAGUAUCUGAAUUCUCCUUCUGGAUGAGCUAUUGAAGAGGAAAAAUCUGCUGAAAAUUCUUGUAAUUGUGAGAAAAUAGCAUGACAUAAUCUGAGUCCAUGAAUUAUGAUCCUGUAUUGAUGGUCUUCUAAAUCGAGGCAGUAGAAAGUGGGGAUUGGUUUUGGAAAAGACUGUCUUUACUUUUCUGAAUUUCCAAAUAUUUUACUUGUCCAGACAUGAGGGCCCCAAAUGUGCCCUUUGACAUAAUCAAAUAUGUGAUUCUGUAAGGGUCCUAAGGGAAAAGCAUUCUGAGGUUGAUAAUCAUCAUAUUUGAUGCUUCAUUGUUUUUCUAUGGUGUCAGAGACAUACUGAGAAGAUCAAAUAUUUCUUACUCACGCAGUGCAUUCUUUUGAGAAGGAAGUGCGAAAGUUGUUUGUUGUUGCUAAAACAAUAGAAACUAAAAACACACACAAACCCAUCCUCGUGCUAUUAGUAGAGUUGGUAAUCUUAUUUUCAUUGUUAAUGCUCUUAAGGUUAUAUCUUAGGGUUUAAAUGUGAUUGCUUUCAAUGAAGGACAGAUAUGUAUUAAACAAUUACAAAGGUGAAACAAUGUGAUGUUUUUUGCAAUUAGCACAGUAGUAUGCUUGCAAGAUUAUAGUGUCUGAGUUUUGUUGCUCAGUCUGUUUUCACUUUUGGAUUAGAUGAACCUAAUUGACAGUUUUCUCACAGGAAAGGGAUGAAUUUGGGUGUGAGGAAAUUUCAUUAUGUGAUGCUUCUUUAGUGUCUGAGAUUCUAUUUAGCUCAAAUCUGUCAAGAUAGAUGAUUCAAAAUUGUGUUAACUAUGAUAUUCUUUCUUCCCAUACUUUUACAUGCUACAUCCCACUCUCUAGGCACCACAGAUUCAGUCUAAUGUUGCAAGAGUCACAAUGAGUCUGGCAUGUCUUGUGUGCCAUAGUGUGGAUAGUCCCUCACCAUCACACUCUUUCAGGAGUUACUCUGUCUCAAGUUCUGAAAAUGAAGGAAGAUGUCAUGCUGUUGCAACCUGCUUAACCAGGAAAUUAUCUCUUCCACCCUCUACAUUGCACUCUUUUCUUCCACCGUCAUCAUCGUCCAAAGUGACUCCACAACCUACUAGUUCAAGUAACAACACGCCGCGGCUUGUUCGAAGCCGAGCCGUGACAAGGGACCGAGUAAGAAAUUGGAAUUUUGAUGAAAUUGCAAUGGAGUCCUAGUCAAAAGUAUAAGAUAGAAUAAGACUAGGGAAUUUUCACUCGUGGGAUAGUUCAUAGCAUGGUGUUGCUAUAUUUGCCCCUUUGAAUUUUGUUAUGGGUGCAAUUGAUCUCUUUCUCUAGUUUUCUUGUAAAAGAGUCCGAACAUUUGUAGCCACAAAAAAAUUCUACGGUGUGAUUCUACGUUAUUUGGCAUUUUCCUUUUGGUCUAAAAGGUAUGCUUAUGUCAAGUAUCAAGGUUGACUACAAAUGAAUUCUCCAACACAUUUUUGCA